AAACAAACAAGCAAAGAUAUGAUGGGUGAUGGAGAAUGGGAAGCAGUAAGGCCCCUCAUCGCUGCAUAACUCUUUAGGGAAGAGGGUGCGAAGAGUAGGGUUAUGGAGGGGGAGGAGAUCGGUUUGGUGUUGGCUCGGGCAUCCGAGCUGCGAUCCAAGAUCAGCGAUUGCAUCGGUGGAAGUGGCGGCGGCGGCUGCCGCCAAGGAGGAGACGACGGUGAUGCAGGCGGUGGUGCCGCGACCGAGGAGGAGGAGGAGGCCGAUAGCCUCGUCGGUAUCCGUGACGCCCUCGACUCGCUGGAGCGGCAGCUCGCGGCCUUGCAGGAAUUGCAGCAUCAACAAAGGUAUGAAAGAGAAUCAAUUCUUUCCCAGAUUGAUUGCAGUCGAAUGAUAUUGCUCAGCAAACUUAAGGAGUACAAAGGUGAGGAGCUGGAAGCGAUUCACGAAGUUGCGACUUUUGCUGGCGAAGCAAUUGAGCUUGAUGACAACCUGGUUCUCCCCCCAUAUCCCACCCACCUUCCUGACUUGUUUGUUUUGGAUGACAUUGGCGCUCGUUCACACUUUAAAAAGAAUAAGACCACUCACAAUGGACCAGCAGCUGCCGCCAAGCAGGAAGGCAAGGGAACUGCAUGUGGAACCAAUAAGAACCAGGAUGACAAGACAUCAAAGCGAUUUAGAAAUAUCAUUGGAUUGGUUGUCAAGUCAACAAUAGCAAUUGUUAGUAUGAUGUCUAUGGUAAGUUUUGCUGGGCAUCAACCAAUGCUUAAGAGCAGACCACCAACAGAGAGGCAGAUCGGCAGUCACUGCCCACAGGGGAAGGUUCUGGUCAUUGAAGAUGGGAAAGCUCGGUGCAUAGUGAAAGAGCGAACUGAGGUUCCAUUCGAGUCUGAUGUUACAAGUCCAAACAUAAGAUACGGACUAGGAUGAAAUGGUCAUCUCUAAGUUGUAAAUUGUGUUGGGCAUCUUUGUUAUAUAUUGUGUUUAUUUCAGAUUAGGUAGAGAUGUGAAAAUUAUAAUGGCAAAAAGUUUUGUUCUCAGCAGAUGAGUGCAGUUAGGGUUAAUAUUCUAUAGCAUGAACCAAGGAUUUGCCGAUGGCUCUGAUUGCCCUUUCAUAUGAAUAUGAUGAUAAGUAAGUGUACUUGAGAAGAAACUUACUCUCUCCCUUGUUUGCUGCAUUGUGUAGUAUUGUAGACUCUGCCUAUGCUUGUGAUGCAAAACUGAAGUAUGCGACCCUGAAAUGUGUAUCAUCCAUUGUGAUGCAAAGUCUGCCUCUGCUUGUGAUGCAAAAUUGAAGUAUAGUACCACAUGAUUUUUGUGUUAAGGUUGCUUUCAGCUUAAAAUUAUGGUUCUUUGUGAGGACAAAUGUUCCUUGAUUCAUCCACAAGCAAAGUGAAAUGUGUAAUGUCAUCAAUAGUGGAGCACUUCUUGCUUUUUUUUUCUUUUUUUUUGGUUUUGAUAAAAAUUACAUAUCUGUUAUUUGAAAAAUAAUAAUUUUCACAUUUAUCCCUCUUAAUUUGCAUUUAGCAUGCAUGUUCCAGAAAAGCUAAAAUUUGACAUUGGUGUCGCUGUAAUUGAUUAUUGCUUGACUAUUAGGGCAGAGACAGUGAUAAUUUAAUGGAUUUUAAUAUUUUAAAUAUUUCAUUUGCUACCGGUAGUCAUGUUGAACCAAUUAACAUGAGUUUUAUAAGAGAUAUUAUAUAUAUAUAUAUA